AUGGGGCUGCCCCGGGCCGGGCUGUGGCUGAGGAGGCUCUGGGUGCUCCUGCAGGUGGCUCUGCAAGUGGCCGUGGGCAAAGUGCUACUGAUAUUCUUUCCUGAGAGAGUCAAGAAGCACAUCGUGGCCAUGAACCAGAAGAACCCCCACUUCUCCUAUGACAACUGGGCCCCGACCCUCUACAGCACCCAGUAUUUCCGGUUCAUCCUGAAGGUCCACUGGCAGCGACUAGAGGACACGACUAAGCGAGGGGGUCUGGCCCCAAACAGCCCCGUGGUCCACCUCUCAGGACAGAGGUGCAACAUCUGGGACUUCAUGCAAGGCAACAGGCCAUUGGUGCUGAAUUUCGGAAGUUGUACCUGACCUUCAUUUCUUUUCAAAUUUGACCAAUUCAAGAGACUCAUUGAAGACUUUACUUCCAUCGCAGAUUUUCUCAUCAUCUACAUAGAAGAAGCACACGCGUCAGAUGGCUGGGCUUUUAAGAACAACGUGGUCAUCAGGAAUCACCGGAAUCUCCAGGACCGCCUGCGGGCAGCCCGCCUGCUGCUGGACAGGAGCCCCCAGUGCCCGGUGGUGGUGGACACGAUGAAGAACCAGAGCAGCCAGCUCUACGCGGCACUGCCCGAGAGGCUCUAUGUGCUCCGGGAGGGCAGGAUCCUCUACAAGGGUAAACCUGGCCCUUGGAACUACCAUCCAGAGGAAGUCCGUGCUGUUCUGGAAAAGCUCCACAGUUAAUCUGGAAAGAUCCCCCAGUUCCAGGUGACCCGCAGGAGGGCUCUUCAAGGCUCGGCUCUCCCUCCAACACAGCUGGCUUUUACCUCUUGACCUGUGUCCCCAGCUGAAUCACCAGCUCAGAUUUUUCUGAUCUAAGCAAACAGCUCUCAGCUGGGGAGUGCAGGCCGCAGCCCUCAAUCAGAGGCAACUGUUAUAAUCAGAACAUGAAGCAGCAAGUCAGCCGAUUGCUAAAGAAUGCACAACUCCACGCUGCCCCCACUGUGGGGACCACGUUCACUGCGGGACGUCUCAGCGUGAGAGCAGUUGCACUCUGUGGCACACUUCUGAGGUGUGGUGUCUCUCUUCAGCCACUCUGAUACCGUGUGGUUAGACAUGGCAUCCCUUAUAUUAGGUAAAUUCAUUUCACCAAAUUUUCCAUUUAUGGAUUGGUAAUUUAAGACACUAAGUUGGUUUUUAGAACCAGGCAUUGGGAGAACUCCAGGUGUUUAGAGAAAGAUAAAGAAUCGGAAGAGGAGGGGGUAAGAUUGGGAGGAGACAGUAAAGGUGGUAAUCCUCUCCUUGCCAAAAGAUGGAAACCAGGCGGCGGUGGCGGUGGUGGUGGUGGUGAGCGGUGAGUUUCCAGGGUAACUUAUCUCCAAUUGUACCAUAGAAGAAGAGGGUACUCACUUGACCGUCUUUGAAUAUAUUUCAUAGAAAUCUGGCUCUCUGUCCUGGAAUCUUCCACUAUCUUCGCUUAUCAACAGAGUCACUUGCAGGGAGGACUUGCUUCCCCAAAGCAUAAUAACUUUGACCAAACUAGACAAGAGUCACU